AUGUCUCUUUAUAAAACCUUUUCACAAUCAUGCAAAGCCAGCCCACAGGCUACUCCAGAUAACCCAAUUUACCACCAAAACCAAUCUCCAAUAAAUUUGACAAUCAGCCCAUCAUCAAUAACUCUCCCCAAGCAUAAAAAAAAUGCGCAUUCUACAACCUCCCCAUACGAAAUUCCACUUUUAAUAAAGAAAAACAAGCCUAAAACACGUACAAAAAUAAACUCAGAUUUCAGUAAAAGUUUUGCAUUUUCAAAGCUAAGCAGUUCUUCCCAUUCUUUAAAUGCAAGUUUUAUUAUGACUCCAGACCCUUUUCCUAAUAAUCAAAGAGGGGAUUCAACUGAUUCUACCUUAUCAUCUAUUGACAAAAAUAGAGAAAUUUUAGCUUUAGAGUACAGAUUAUUUGAAAAAAUAAAUAAUAACAGCCCAAUUUCCUAUGGAAAAUUUCAGGCCUAUCAAGAUGUAUGAGAUGAGUUACUACUUAUUUCAAACCCAUUAACCAAAAUUUUAGUUAGCAUAAAAAAAGGCUAUGAGGAAUGAAUAGAAUACCAAGCCAAAGAGCUAAAAAUUAAAGCUGAUUUAUUAAAGUCACACUCAGAAGAUUUAGAACAAGAAAAACUUUCAGUUAAAUUACUCACAAAAAGGUUUAAAAAACUUGCAAGCGAAAAUUUAAAUUUAAAUACAGCAUUAAAAGACAAGGACAUUACUAUUGAAGAAUUAAACGUACAAAUUGAUAUGCUGAUGAGGAGCAACAGAAAAAUCAAAAGUAAAUUAAAAAAAAGUACUGAAAAUUUUAAAAAAGAAAUGGACAAAAAUAGAGAAGAAAGAGACAAAGUUGAGCAGAAAAUUAAAGAAUUGUCUGAGAACUUGCAGUUUUAUAAGAAUUUGUUGAAGAGUAUGAAACCUGAAACUAUAUGUGUAGAGGAGGGUUGUGAUAAUAAAAUUUCAAGGAAAUUUUCAAGCCAGUCUAUGAUAUCAAAUGCCGAUUCUUUGAAUCGGCCUUUGACAACAAGUUUUUCAAUAGAAACAUUGAAUGAUAUUGAUAGAAUGGGUUCUGAUUUAAUAUACAGCCCUACUCUAAACAACAGUCCAGACAGAAAAGAUUUUGAUACAUGUGUUUCGGGCGAUACCUCAUUCCGAGAGCAAAAUCUAUGAGAAAAUUCUAGAUACCAAUUUCUCUAUAAAAGAGAUUAG